AUGUCAGUAAUUAAAGCAACUCGUAUUUUCCCUCAAGGAGAGUUGAUUCCUGUUAAGCAUUAUUUGGUUAGCUCAGAUGAUUUCACUAAUUCUAUUAAACCGAAGUCAUUCCAGUUUACAACGUUCCUUAUAGGUGAGGAUGUAGAAUUUGAUCAGUCCUGGGAUUUACCAUUUAUAAAAUUGAUUGAAAAUAUCGAUGAUAUUGAUAAAAGUCUGCGAUACAUAAUAAGCAAUUUCUCUUGGAGUCCAGGAUUGGGUAAUUUAAUGUUUCAAUAUGGUUCUUUACGAGCAAUUGCUGAACGAUAUGGUGCAAAAUUAAUCGUUCCUGUAAAAUGCAAAUUACGACGAGCCUUUAAGUUAGAUGCAGUUAUAGUGAGCAACGAAGUGAACGCUCAGUUGAUCCAAAAAUAUGGCCAACACGAACGUUAUUUUGAUGAAAAUUUGAUUCGUCAAGAGUUUACAUUUUUACCAGAAAUUGUUGAGCAAGCUGAUGGAUUUUUGUUAGAAGCAAAAUAUGAAAAACUGCAUUCAGAAGUUACAGUUAAAAAAGGUUCAAAUGAGAAUGAUCAGGUGGAUAUUAUUGAAGAUUUCGAUGCUGGCCGAGGCUAUGUGUAUAUUGGAGUGCACAUACGCUAUGGUAUAGACAUUACUAUGAAUAGCCGAAAUAUUAAGUACGGCCACACAACUGUUACUAGGGAUUACAUUACUAAUGCAAUGAAUUAUUAUAGGUCAAAAUUUGAAAAAGUAAUAUUUGUGAUAAGCAGUGAUAAUGAACAGUGGGUCGAAAAAAAUAUCAAUCAGUCUCAUAAAGGUGAAAUAUAUAUCGUAUCAUCAGGCUAUAGGGAAGUAGACAUGGCAACACUGAUUCGAUGUAACCAUACAAUAAUGAGCACUGGCACUUAUUCUUGGUGGGCUGCUUAUUUGACUAAUGGUACUGUUGUAUAUUAUGGUGGUUGGCCAAAACGUGGCACAGUACUAGAUAAGAUUGUGAAAAAAAGUGAUUAUUUCCUUGAAAAUUGGAUAAAGCUGGAAUAA